AUGAGACCGACGUUGUUUCGCCCAUUCCAAUCCACCCUAAGAGCUCUCGGCCAUGAGAAUCCCCUGGGCCUUCCGAAAUCUGGCACUCCGCCACACUGGCCCAGAAGACCUGAGCGCCGUAAAAUCCGCGGUGUAGAAAAGGUCAUUGCCGUCUCAUCCGCCAAGGGUGGCGUUGGCAAAAGUACAGUUGCAGCCAAUCUAUCGUUGGCCUUUGCCCGUCUAGGCUACCGUGCAGGUAUUCUUGAUACGGACAUUUUUGGCCCUUCGAUCCCGACUCUUUUCAAUCUGUCUGGAGAGCCUAGGCUAUCUCAAAACAACCAGUUGGUGCCAAUGACAAACUAUGGUGUCAAGACCAUGUCCAUGGGCUAUCUUGUUCCAGAGGACGACGCGGUGGUGUGGCGGGGUCCUAUGGUCAUGAAAGCCAUCCAACAACUGCUUCACGAAGUUGACUGGGGUAACCUAGACAUCCUGGUUCUGGACCUACCUCCUGGCACGGGUGAUACACAACUGACUAUCACGCAACAAAUCAUUCUUGACGGGUCCAUCAUUGUUACUACACCUCAUACGCUGGCCGUCAAGGAUGCCGUAAAGGGCGUCAACAUGUUCAACAAAGUCAACACGAACAUCUUGGGUUUGAUCCAAAACAUGUCACUGUUUAAGUGUCCACACUGUCAGGGAGAAACACAUGUCUUUGGAUCCAAUGACAGAGUCGAACGCCUGUGUCAAGACCAUAAAAUCAACUUUUUGGGCGACAUCCCAUUGCACCCAGCUAUUGGCGACGACGCAGAUUUAGGAAAACCCACUGUAGUGUCUGAGCCAACAAGCGAGAGGGCGGAGAUCUUCCUCAAGAUUGCGAAGGACAUUGCCCCAAAGAUUGACCUACGCUCACAUUGA